AUGUGGUUUUCAGCUAUUAUUACAGCUUUGAUUCUUACUAGUGUGACUCAUAUCACCCUCAUCUGGGCCGCUGACUCGAUUGACCCGCAUCGAAUUACCGUUAUCAACAAGUGCAAAGAUGAAUUCUCGAUGCGCAUUCCUGGGCGUGGAAUAUUCUCUUCGGAGGCUGGAAAUGUCAAGCUGACCUACAUCAUUUAUGGCGAUUUCAAGAAUGUGACAGGCGCCGCUGCCGUUGGCAAUUUGGCCGAUUGUGGCUUGUUUGAAAAUACGGCGAAGGGCCCGUGUACUACGGCUGUGUUCUCACUGAACAAUUUCAGUAGCACCGCUCACAUCGAUUUAGUCCCACCGCACAAAUACAACUAUCCUCUACGAAUGAAGAUGACCAACAGGGCAUCGCAGGUGGAAUGCGGAUCUGCUAAUUGCACCACGGCUGUUCGUAAGAAUGGAAGCAUUUCCAAAGGCCAAGAAAUCCAAGACCCAGCCGAAUUAACUGGAAUUAUCUUAGAAUUUUGUUACUAG